AAAAAAUCCCCCAGGUGAAGCAACGAUCAAAUGUUCUGGUGUUGACCUCGCCUUCAAUUUUCCAUCCCAUUCCAACAUCAACCCCAACAUCCGAUACGACACCAUGGCAAAUUCAGAUGUCCCUCGAAAGCGAUUCCUCAGUGAAGCAAGCAGUAAUGCCCGACCGAAUACACCUUCACCAGGCAAGAAGAGGAAGCUACAGCCCAUUGCAGAACCAGCAAACAGAUUCAAGAGUUCCCAAAAUGGACCAAAAGGAAAGGUUGGGUCAAGUCAGCCCAGUCAUUUCGAAUCGGAAGUUUUGGAGAAAAUGACGCAGGAUAUGGCAGGCUUGAGGAAGAAUAAUUCGGAGAAAGACCAACAAUGGGCACGACCAAGUUUGGCUGGUUUCAACCCGCAGACGGACAAUCUGGUAUUCCAGCAGAUUGAGGUCGAAGAUGGACAAAUUCAUGGAAAGCAAGUUGUCAAGUUAUUUGGUGUCACAGAAGUAAAUUCCCCUCCAUACUUUUGGGAAUAGAAAUACUGACAAGCUCUCCAGACUGGCCAUUCUGUUAUGUUACAUGUCACCGAUUUCCUCCACUACCUUUACGUUGAAGCUCCAAUUGGUUUCAAACCACAAGAUUGCGAGGGAUUUAAAGCGUACCUCGAGACCCAAGUUGGAUCACACCAACAAGUCAUUCAUACCGUUACGAUGCUCAACCGGGAAAGUCUAUACCAUUUCAAAGGCAAUCAACAAUUCGCAUAUAUCAAAAUCACUCUUAUUGAUCACAAAAUGAUUAACAAAGUUCGAGGGAUUAUUGAGAGUUACGGUGCGAACUGGAAAGGCAUGUUCAAGCCAUUCAUGAAUGGGGACAGAGCACAUAUCCAGACUUUUGACAGUAUUCCAUAUGUAAUGAGAUUUAUGAUAGAUUGUGAUGUACUUUCAGCCAUCAAUGUAUGAAGGAAUCAUGCUGAUAUGAUUAGAUUGCAGGAAUGUCGUGGGUUGAGGCACCAGCAAAGGCAUACAACAUGGUUCCGAAUUUUGAGUGCCAAUCGAAUUGUCAAAUCGAAGCCGAAAUAUCCUAUCGCGAUUUGAUGUCUCAUAAGCCAGUUGGAGAAUGGGCAAAAAUGGCACCUCUCAGAAUACUUUCUUUCGAUAUCGAAUGCGCGGGUCGCAAAGGCAUUUUCCCGGAACCUAAUAUGGAUCCUGUCAUCCAGAUCGCGAAUGUUGUUACUCGAUACGGAGAGAAAAAGCCAUUUGUUCGGAACGUAUUCUGCCUGGACACCACUAGCGUAAUUGUCAACACCCAAAUUUUCGAAUUUGAGCGGGAAGACAAGUUAUUGUCGAAAUGGAGAGAUUUCCUAGAAGAAGUAGAUCCAGACAUCAUUAUCGGAUACAACAUUUGCAAUUUCGAUUUUCCAUACCUACUGGAUCGGGCGAGACAUCUUAAAGUCAAAGACUUUGAUCACUGGACUCGUUUACCAAAUGUGAAGUCGGAGGCUAAAGCGUCAAACUUCUCGAGUAAACAGAUGGGUAAUCGCGAUACGAAAGCCACCAACACGAAUGGUCGUCUUCAACUAGAUCUAUUACAGCUUGUCCAAAGGGAUCAUCAAUUGCGAAGUUACACGCUGAAUUCCGUUUGUGCCCAGUUUCUUGGUGAACAAAAAGAAGAUGUGCAUCAUACUAUGAUUACGGAGCUUUUCAAUGGAACCCCAGAAAACCGUCGAAGAUUGGCAGUAUACUGUUUGAAGGAUGCCUAUCUCCCACAAAGAUUGAUGGACAAACUCUCGUGCCUGGAGAAUUACACGGAGAUGGCAAGAGUCACGGGUGUUCCUUUCAACUAUCUUUUAGCUCGUGGACAACAAGUCAAGUUCGUCAGUCAGAUUUUCCGAAAGGCAAGAGAGCAAAAGUUGGUUAUUCCGAAUCUCAAGACCGACCCUACGGAAGAUCAGUAUGAUGGUGCAACAGUCAUCGAGCCGACUAGAGGAUAUUAUGAUGUCCCUAUCGCUACUCUUGAUUUCGCAUCUCUUUAUCCCAGUAUUAUUCAAGCGCAUAAUCUUUGUUACACUACUCUGCUCAACAAUUCCGCCAUCGAAACGUUAAAGUUGGUAAAGGAUGAGGAUUAUAUCGUGACACCAAAUGGUGAUAAGUUUUGUACCACCAAACGAAGAAAGGGUCUUUUGUCUCAAAUUCUGGAGGAACUUUUGACAGCAAGAAAGCAGGCUAAGCGAGAACUCGCGAUUGAGACAGAUCCUUUCAAGAAAGCUGUGCUCAAUGGUCGUCAACUUGCCUUGAAGGUUAGUGCCAACAGUGUUUAUGGAUUGACUGGUGCGACGAUUGGUAAAUUACCAUGUUUGCCUAUUGCAAGUAGUACCACCAGUUACGGAAGACAGAUGAUUGAGAAGACGAAAGCAGAAGUUGAAGGAAAGUACACGAUAGCAAAUGGCUACUCACACGAUGCUCAAGUCAUUUACGGAGAUACCGAUUCGGUUAUGGUCAAGUUUGGAGUGAAGGACUUGCCAACGGCGAUGAAGCUGGGUGAAGAAGCUGCUGCAUAUGUGUCGGAGAAGUUUCAGAAACCUAUCAAGUUGGAGUUUGAGAAAGUCUACUUUCCAUAUUUGCUUAUCAAUAAAAAGCGAUAUGCGGGUUUGUACUGGACGAAUCCCGACAAAUACGACAAGAUGGAUACCAAAGGUAUCGAAACGGUACGAAGAGAUAAUUGUCGGCUGGUCCAAAAUGUUAUUGAGACUGUUUUGAGAAUGAUCUUGAUUGAUCAGGAUGUCCAGGGCGCCCAGAAGUAAGUACCGAACAUCCCUUAUUAUGACCAUAAUCUAACAUUGGCCUCAGUUACGUCAAAGACACCAUCUCAGAUCUUCUCCAAAAUAAAAUCGACAUGUCAAAGCUCGUCAUCACAAAGGCUCUUUCAAAAGUAGAAUACGCGGGUAAACAAGCACACGUCGAACUCGCCGAGCGAAUGAAGAAACGUGAUGCCGGAUCCGCACCAACACUAGGAGACCGUGUCGCAUACGUGAUCAUCAAAGGUUCGGCGGGUGCAAAGAACUUUGAACGUUCCGAAGAUCCUAUCUAUGUCCUCGAAAACAAUAUUCCUGUAGACACCAAAUACUAUCUGGAUAACCAACUCGCCAAACCCCUCGGUCGAAUCUUUGAACCUAUUCUAGGAGAAACAAAAGCGAACUCCCUAUUGGCAGGCGACCACACACGAUCCAUUUCCGUCGCCGCCCCAACCCUCGGCGGCCUAAUGAAAUUCGCCAAAAAAACAUUCACAUGUAUGGGCUGCAAGAAGCCUCUCAGCGGUAAAGAGGAGUCCGGCGGUGCCGUAUGUAGUAAUUGCGCACCCCGAAUCGGGGAGCUGUACACAAAAACCCUCAACAAGGUGUCUGACCUGGAAGUUAGGUUCAGCAGGCUGUGGACCCAGUGUCAGCGGUGUCAGGGCAGUAUGCAUUGUGAGGUUAUCUGUAGUAGUAAGGAUUGUCCGAUUUUCUACAUGCGCAUGAAGGCCAAGAAGGAUGUGGAGGAUGCGGGGAAGGAGUUGGGGAGGUUCGAUCAUGAUGUUAAUGCUUGGUGAGUUAUUGGAGGGAAUUUUGAGAUGUGGAUUGAUUUGUGGUGGACGAGAUCUGUGAGAUGUGGAUGCGUGGGUUUGGGGUGUAAUGAAGCGAAUGGCGUUUUUGGGAGUUGGGGUGGAGGAAUGGGCAUGGGAAUGAUGACCCAGCUAGCUUUUGAGUGUAUGAUAUGAUAUGGAAAGAAAUCAUGGUCCUUGGUUGGU